AUGAUUGCCAGCGUUGGCGAGGCUGACGAUGCUGAUCAAAUAAUGCACAUCGAAAAUCGCAAUGAUCCUCUUUGCGUGCGGAACGUGUUGCAAAUCGGUGUGGGCGAGAGAGAAGUCCGAGAAAUUUGCGAUGCGUACAAAUCGUGCUACCUCAACAACUUACGGGCCGACAGUCGCAUACCGGAUUUUGAAAUGGCUAUUGUACUCAAGCAUGAUCAGCCAAUAAGUUCGCGUCCGCGUAGAUUAUCGUUUGCGGAUAAAGAGGCAUUGCGUAGAAUGUUAGACGAGCUCAUAGAUAAGGGGAUCAUCCAUUGUAGCGAUUCAUCGUACGCGAGCCCCAUAGUGCUCACAAAAAAAAGGAUGGCAGCCUUCGGCUCGAGUAAACCGGUAUUAGCGGUCUACUCGCCACAUGCGGAUACAGAACUGCAUUGCGAUGCAAGCGCGAGCGGCUUUGGCGGAAUUUUACUGCAAAAGCAAGGCGAUGGAACGUGGCGACCGAUCUCGUUCUGGAGUCAGAGAACGACGCCGGUCGAGGCGAGGUAUCACAGUUUCGAAUUGGAGUGUCUCGCUGUCAAUUACGAUUACGAGAUUGUUCACCGUCCAGGAAAGCGUAUGAACCAUGUGGACGCACUUAGCCGCUGUCACAGCGUGCUCGUGCUCGAGGGCAGCACGUUCGAGCGUACCUUGUCCGUAUGCCAGGACCGCGACAAGGAAAUUUCCGAAAUCCGCGACAAACUCGAAAAGGGCGAUAUAAAAUAUUAUGAAUUGCGCAAAGGCCUGGUGUACCGGAAAGAUAAGAAUAAGAAAUUGUUGUUUUACGUACCCCAAUCGAUGGAGGCUAAUGUAAUUAGAACUUGUCACGACGAUCUGGGCCACGUAAGGAUCGAUAAAAUGAUCAAACAUGUUUUAAUCGCCGUGGGGACUCCAAGGGCUAAUGGUCAGGUAGAGCGAUUUAACAGGAUUAUAAUUCCGAUGUUGGCAAAGCUAAGCGAGUCACCUUCCGAUUGGGACUCGGUUCUACACAGGAUCGAGUAUUAUCUUAAUAAUACGAUGUGUCGCGCGACCAGCGAGACCCCUGCUCGCUUGUUAUUUGGCCUAGGACAAAAAGGAGAGCCAAACGAUUUGCUGCGCGAUUUCCUUCAGCUCCUCAAACAACAGAAUACCGAGCGAUAUAAUUUAAGGCGGAAAGCGGCGCGCCCAUAUAAGGUUGGCGAUUAUGUAGAAAUUAGAAACAUCGAUACUACCGUGGGCAUAAAUAAAAAACUCAUACCAAAAUUUAAAGGACCAUACGUUGUAAAAAAGGUACUGGAUCGGUACGUCGUAACCGACGUCGACGGAUUCCAAUUGGUACAGCGACCGUAUACCGGCGUUGUAGCGCCUGACCGAAUGCGCCCAUACGUGCAAAAUUAA